AUGUCAUCUGAUAACGAUGUAUAUCGUUGGUAUGCAGAUGUAAUUGUUUAUCGUGGUUUUGGUCCCUUAAUAGCUUGUUUGGGUAUUGUUGGUGGAACACUUUCUUUACUUGUUUUUCGUCGAAAAUCAUUAAGAAAAAAAUCUUGUUCAAUUUAUUUUUUUUAUUUGGCCGUAGCUGAUCUUUUAUGUAUGAUAUGUUGGCUUGUACAUUUUGUUUUACCAACAUAUAAUAUUCAUAUUCUUACUCUAUCAAAUUUUUUUUGCAAAAUAUUUGUAUUUGCCAUGUAUUUUGCUUUUGAUUUAGCAAAUUAUAUUCUUACUGUAUGUUCAAUCGAUCGUGCUGUAAGCGUAUUAUUUCCAAUUGAAGGUCGUAAAUUUUGUCGUGGCCGAACAGCUUAUAUAAUAACAUUAUUAUUAGUUAUUAUUCAUACAUUAUUAAAUAGUCAUUUGUUAUAUGGUUUCGUUAUAUUAUCAGCAAAAACAGUAUCAGAUCCCCCAAUUCGAAUAUGUCAUCAUCGUAUGGAUUCUGAAAGAUAUAAAAAUUUUUUUUCUAUUUAUGAUUCAUAUGUUGAUGCUAUAAAAACAAAUGCUAUUCCAUUUAUAAUAAUGUGUAUAUGUAAUAUAAUAAUAAUAAUACGUGUAUGUCGAUCAAAAUCUUUAAUGAAUUUUAAUGGAAAAAAUCGUGGUCGAAAAGCUAAAAGAAAAUUUGAAAAAGAUCGUCAAUUAACAUUAAUGUUACUUGGUUCAGCUAUUGCUUUUCUUGUUUUAACAUUACCCACAGAAAUAAAUGAUAUUAUUCGAUCACAUUCACAUGAUAAACUUGUUACAGAAAAAACAUAUCUUUUAUCAGCUAUAUUUCUUUCACUUGCACAUCUUAAUUAUGCCGUCCAUUUUUAUAUAUAUACAUUGACGGGUGAUGUAUUUCGACAACAGUUACUUAAACUAUGGCCUAUUAAUAUUGUUUGGCCUUAUAUAAUUGCACUCAUCAGAUGUAAACGACCUACUUCAACAUCAUCAUGUGCAUCAAGUAUUAAUCAAAGAACUUAUGUUAGAAAUAAUCAAAAUACUCAAAUUGAUAUUUCACUUGCUACAACAAGACUUAAUGAUGAUAACGAUAGUUAUUUAACAUAA